UCUCUCCCUCCCUUUACACCGCCCUUUUCCUUCACUAGCUUCCUGAUCAUCUGAGUAGCUUAGCCUGAAAGGCAGCAAAGAAAAGUGAAGAACGUAUAUUGAAGCUGAAAGAAGACAGCUUUAUUUGGGAGGGGGGAAAAUCUAACAAAGCUGAAGAGUGAGAUUUUGCAAUUAUGUCUUCUCUCUGACUUUCUGAAACAGUGGUGAAGACAGGAAGUGUGAGAAGUUGUUGGAGUUGCUUCAGCCAGAGACAGUGGCAAAGGAGUUACUACAGUUAGUUGGAGAUGACAGCAGGAGGCAAGAACACAUGGCUGGAUCUGCCAUAGGAUUCUCAGGCCUGGCAUCCAUACUACCAGCUAGUCUGCUACUUUCUGUCAACAACUGUUACUUCCAUUUGUGUUGUCAUGUUGUCAGAGUCACGCUGGAGGAGUCUCCGUCAUACCUUGCUGGUGCUCUUCUCAGCUACCCUUCUCAUUGGCAUAACCAUGCUGGCCAUCUCCUCUGAAAUCAAUCCCAUUGGAGUUUUCUUUCUUGUGGCAGGGGGCUUGUGUUUGGUUGGCUACCUCAUUAGUGUGGCAGUUGAACAAUGCCUGAAGAAUCAGAAUGCAGGAGAAGAGACCCAGGCAGCCCCAAGAAGACAAAAUCACGAUGGAGACAAUGCAACCUAUGAAGCACCAACGUAUGAGGAAGUGGUGGCUACUGGCUACUUGUCAGAUUCAGCGGCCACAAUUUGGACCAUCACAUCUAGUCCUGGAACAACCCAAGUAGAACCCCCUCCAUAUAGCGUGGUUAUUGAGCCCCCUCCCCGCGGAGAGACUGUGGUGGAGACAUUGAGUGUCUCAGUGGCACCAGGUGCACGGCGGGCCUCCGAAGCAGAUCUGCACUCCAGGCUGCGCCUCCGACUAGUCCUACCCCCAAGGCUAAAACGCUUUGUCUCAGAUACUCAUGAACUCAAAGGGACUGAAGAGCGUCUGGAACGCCUGGAGCCUCUCACCCCACCUCCUGCAUAUGAGAAUGUGACUGGUGAUGAAGUCUUUGAAGGACACUUUCAACCUUCAAAACCUUGACUGAAAGGCUGGAGAUUGAUAAACAGUAUUACCACAGGACUUCUUCUGAACCCAUUAUCAGCUGGCUGCUGUAGCCUGUGUUACAUUUGAAACAAAGUUAGUUUUGGGAGGGCUUGGCUCUCUUUUAUGGAAAAUGCAUGCAUUGUAGACAUGCAUGGUAAGGACUCCUUUGCUUCCUUUGGAGUUUCCUCCAGGGAGAGGGGAGAGGUAGCAAGGUUCUUAGACAUUUCAUCUGAUGGUUGUAGGCUCUUAGCAUUGAACAACAGCUUAGGCUACCUAGGAAAUGGAGAACAAAAGACAGGUUGUCCUAUCAGGAGGCAGAUUGUAGGCACAGGUUGUUAAUCAUCCUACCUAGCUCAUAUAAACAGAAGUCUGGAGAGAAGGAAGAACAAGGCAGGGCAGAGAACCAGUGAAAUAAAGAUUUUUAAAAAGCA